AUGUUAAGUGCAUUAAGUAUAGUGGUAUCCAGCGUAUAUUUGAAAACCAACAUUUGUAUACAAGCUUUUUGUUCCCUAUCUACCAUAUUAUCUAAUUGUUUAAUUUUCUUACAAACGGCUUUUGGUUUGAUUGAAUUAUCGCACCCAGAUAACUCCAUACCAGUGAACCGGUUUGUAACUCCGCUUCAUAUCGUACCUGAAUGGUACUUUUUAGCAUAUUAUGCGGUGUUAAAAGUAAUCCCAUCCAAAACCGGUGGUUUGUUAGUAUUUAUGUUAUCAACAUGUCAAUGA